CCCUAAAUGGAGAUGUUCCUUUCUGCAGUCCUGGGUGAACUGUCCACUAGAUCCAUAAAUUUCUUCAUCAGCAAAAUCUCCAAGACGACACCACUUGACAUGGAGGAUCACCUCAGCAGGGUCCUUGUCAGGGCACAGAUCAUCAUCGACGAGGCCAUGGGGGGGCACAUCUCCAACCAAGCUAUGGUCCAGCAUCUGCACAUGAUGAGAGAUGCCAUGCAUCGAGGCUAUUAUAUGAUGCUCGACACCUUUAGGUGCCAAUAUCACGAGGAGGACACCAAAGGUCAUGUCAUUAUUAACUCUUCAGCUCUGUCUAGACUAAGUUCUCUGAAAAGCUUAUGUUUCUACAACAGAGACACACCUAUUUCGAAACAACUGCAAGAGGGGAUUGACGAAUUGACCUCCAUGAUCCUUGAUGCGAAAGAGUUGGUUGUGUUCUUGACGAGCUACCCUCACCUGUACCGCCAGCCUUACUGCAUGCAUCUCGUCCUAGGCAACUGCCUGUUUGGCCGCCAGAUGGAAUCUGAAAUUGUCAUCAACUUCCUGUUGCAAACACAACCUUAUGGUGCUGAAGAACUGGAGGUCCUACCAAUUUUCGGGCCAAUCUUUGUCGGCAAGAGCACCCUUGUUGCUCAUGCUUGCAAGGAUGAAAGAGUCCGUGAUCAUUUCUCAGAAAUCUUGUUCUUUCAAAACUACGGUUUUACAGAUGAUGAGCUAGCUACUCUCAGAGACGGAUGUGCAAGAAUACAUCUAAAUCAUGUGUCGAUUUCGAACAAAGAUAGGAGAUUGCUGGUUGUUAUCGAGUUAGUUGGGGAUCUCAAUGAAGAUGAAUGGAACAGGUUGUAUUUUGCUUCUAAAAGGUUUGUCCCAUGCGGUGGUAAAAUCAUAGUUACAAGCCGCUCUGAGAAGAUUAAAAAGUUUGGAACAACACGGGCUGUAACUUUGAAGUAUCUGCCCCGUGAGGCGUACUGGUAUUUCUUCAAGACACUUGCGUUUGGAAGCAUGGAUCCCAAGGUACAACCAAGGCUCACACACCUGACCAUGGAGAUAGCCAGUACAUUGGACGGUUCCUUCAUUGCCAGGAAUUUCACUGCCCGUUUGUUGAGGGACAACUUUGACACUAUUUGGUCCAAGGUUUUGACCUUCUUGAGAGGGUCUUUGCAGAAGCCUAUCUCUAGAUUUGGUGAGCGUCCAAUUGAUCUUCUGAAGCAAAACAGACCUGCGAAUCUUGGAAGAAUGGCUACACCAUCUGAAGUUUUUGUUCUUUCUAAUCAAUAUGGCUCUGCACAAGACAAGGUUCCAAAGGUAAGACUCCAAGAUGUGAUGUAUGGAACUUUUAAGACCAGUGGGAAAUUUGAGCUCCUAUCAUGGAGGUCUUCGAUACCUCCCUACUUUAGCUAUGUUGGUACUUGUGAGAUUCUAGAGCUAAAAGCUGCAGGAGUCAAGAGGAAGCGUUCUAUGAAAGAUGGGGGCAAGCUUAUGUAGCAGGAUAGCUGAAUAUGUUUGUUAGGGUAUUCCAAGUCACAACUUAUAGCUAGCGUAGAGUCAUGAUAUGUUGUGUUCAGUAUAAACAGAAUAAUGUGUGACUUUGAGGCUAGACUUAUA